CUUUAGUCGUUCGCGUUUCGAGUACUGCGUCCUUUUUGUCCACUACUGCGUGCGGUGUCAGUUUCCGUGCGGAAGUGGUGGCCGUGAGAGAAGAAGAUGGCGACCACUAUGGUGGCGCCGCCUGGUGCGGUGGCCAGUCGGGCCAACAAGCGCAGUGGCAGCGGGCCGGGAGCCGGCAGCGGCGGUGUGGGAGCCAAAGGCGCGGAGGAGGAACCGCCGCCGCCCCUACAGGCAGUUCUGGUGGCGGAUAGCUUCAACCGCCGCUUCUUUCCCAUCUCCAAGGACCAGCCUCGGGUCCUCUUGCCUCUGGCCAACGUGGCACUAAUUGACUACACUCUGGAAUUUCUGACUGCCACAGGUGUACAGGAAACCUUUGUCUUUUGCUGCUGGAAGGCUGCUCAAAUCAAGGAACAUUUACUGAAAUCUAAGUGGUGCCGCCCUACAUCCCUCAACGUGGUUCGAAUCAUUACAUCAGAGCUGUAUCGAUCCCUGGGAGAUGUUCUCCGUGACGUCGAUGCCAAGGCCUUGGUGCGCUCCGACUUCUUGCUGGUGUAUGGGGACAUCAUCUCCAACAUCAAUAUUACCAGAGCCCUAGAGGAACACAGGUUGAGGCGAAAGCUAGAAAAAAAUGUAUCUGUGAUGACAAUGAUCUUCAAGGAGUCAUCCCCCAGCCACCCAACUCGUUGCCAUGAGGACAACGUGGUUGUGGCUGUGGAUAGUGCCACAAACCGGGUUCUCCAUUUCCAGAAGACCCAAGGCCUCCGACGUUUUUCUUUUCCGCUGAGCUUGUUCCAGGGCGGUGGAGAUGGAGUGGAGAUUCGCUAUGAUUUACUGGAUUGUCAUAUCAGCAUCUGCUCUCCUCAGGUGGCUCAACUCUUUACAGACAACUUUGACUACCAAACUCGGGAUGACUUUGUGCGAGGCCUGCUAGUGAAUGAGGAGAUCCUAGGGAACCAGAUCCACAUGCACGUGACAACUAGGGAAUAUGGCGCCCGGGUCUCCAACCUGCACAUGUAUGCAGCUGUCUGCGCCGAUGUCAUCCGCCGAUGGGUCUAUCCUCUCACUCCAGAGGCAAACUUCACUGACAGCACGAGCCAGAACUGCACUCACUCCCGGCACAACAUCUACCGAGGGCCUGAGGUCAGCCUGGGCCAUGGCAGCGUCCUGGAGGAAAAUGUGCUCCUGGGCUCUGGCACUGUCAUUGGCAGCAAUUGCUCCAUCACCAACAGUGUCAUUGGCCCUGGCUGUCACAUUGGUGAUGACGUGGUGCUGGAUCAGGCCUACCUGUGGCAGGGUGUUCGAGUAGCUGCUGGAGCACAGAUCCAUCAGUCUCUGCUUUGUGACAAUGCCGAGGUCAAGGAACGUGUUACACUGAAGCCACGCUGUGUCCUCACUUCCCAGGUGGUAGUGGGCCCUGACAUCACACUGCCUGAGGGCUCGGUGAUCUCUUUGCACCCUCCAGAUGCAGAGGAAGAUGAGGAUGAUAGCCAGUUCAGUGACGAUUCUGGGGCUGACCAAGAAAAGGAGAAAGUGAAGCUGAAAGGUUACAAUCCCUCAGAAGUUGGAGUUGCAGGCCAGGGCUACCUCUGGAAAGCUGCAGACAUGAACAUGGAGGAAGAGGAGGAACUACGGCAGAAUCUGUGGGGACUCACAAUCAACAUGGAAGAAGAGAGUGAAACUGAAAGUGAGCGAAGUAUGGAUUCUGAGGAGCUCGACAGCCGGGCAGGCUCCCCACAGAUGGAUGACGUCAAAGUGUUCCAGAACGAAGUCCUGGGAACACUGCAGCGGGGCAUGGAGGAGAACAUUUCUUGUGACAAUCUAGUCCUAGAAAUCAACUCUCUCAAGUACGCCUACAACAUAAGCCUGAAGGAGGUGAUGCAGGUGCUGAGUCACGUGGUCCUGGAGUUCCCACUGCAACAAAUGGAUUCUCGGCUCGACACAAACCGCUACUGUGCUCUGCUGCUUCCCCUGCUCAAGACCUGGAGCCCUGUUUUUAGGAACUACAUAAAGCGUGCAGCUGAUCAUUUGGAAACAUUGGCAGCCAUUGAGGACUUCUUCCUAGAGCAUGAAGCUCUUGGUACUUCCAUGGCCAAGGUACUGAUGGCUUUCUACCAGCUGGAGAUCUUGGCUGAGGAGACAAUCCUGAGUUGGUACAGCCAAAGGGAUACAACUGACAAGGGCCGGCAGUUGCGGAAGAACCAACAGCUGCAGAGGUUCAUCCAGUGGCUAAAAGAGGCAGAAGAGGAGUCAUCUGAAGAUGACUGAAGUCGCACUGCCUCCUCCUGUGGGUGUGGUUGAUUGCUGUCCUGGCUUCUGGGUCAGACAAAUGAGAAGCUAGUUGCAGAUGAGUGACCACCAUCCUGGCCGAGAUUUAAAGGAGCAGAGGCUGGAACUACAGUAUUCUUCCCACCGCCAGCAACCAUGUGCCUCGCAUCCUGACUGGGUAGUUGGGAUGAGGGAAGCUGGGCUGGAACAAAGCUCUGCCUAAGGACAAUCUAGGCAGGCCCUGCAGUUAGAGGAAGCCCAGUGCCACAGCUUUGUGCUCUGGCUUUCCCUCGGGGAACAGCAGAGAGCAGCUAGCCCUCUCUGCUGCUUGUAUUUGUUAAUAUUAAAAAAGAGAG